AUGUACCGUUGUUUUCUAGCCGUUGCUUUGCUGUUCAUCCUGGAGGCAUCGGACGUUAGUUCCUCUCUCCCAUAUAUGAAUCCAGAUCUUCAAAAAUAUCAAGAUCCAGGAAAGUGUCUGCCGCUCCAAGAGAAGUGGUACACAUUAUACAGGAACUACAAGUCAGACCCUGUCUUUGGUGGAACUGAUCAAUGCAUCGAAUUCACUUGUCUGGGUCCGGCAGCGGACGAUACCUUCGCUUUUACAAUUAGAUACGGAGACACUACGGCAAACUUCACCCUGACCGCCUCGGCAUCUGAAGGAUACACGACCAAUAAUCUUCUGCACUUUAAACAGGAUGGACAAGACGAGUCAAAUUUGGUGACUGCCUCAUACUCGGACUGCAUGACCUGCGUUGUAUUCAGAAGCACAUACUUAGACGAUGGGGCCUGUUCCCUUAUUGUUCCUGAAAGCGCGCUGGGAAGUGACCUCCAGUGUUGCGACUACCUCUUUGACCUACUCUGCGACGCAACCCCGAAGUUCACCAUCUACGAUGAAAGCUGCUUCAAGUGAAUAAUCGUCGAGCAGCAGGUACCUCAAGUGAAACGUUGC